AUGGCAGUGAACCAGAAAUUACAAGUUCACUCAAAACAGAAUGAUUCAAUUCUACUUGAAGCCUCAUGGAGCUUGCUUGACUCUCCGCCUGCACAGAACUCAUGGCAGUCCAUAGACAUUAGUUUCCAACAAACAUUGGUUUCAAGCCCUAUUGAAGUCUUGAAUCAUCUAGACGAUAUUUACAUUGUGUCCGACGACGCGACCCAAAAAAUAGACUCAAAGUCAUUCACAUCACCAAAAGCUUUCCAAUUCCUGCUUCAAUGCCUACAAGCCACAGCAAGUGGAACUCACCACGGCCGUCUUGUAAAGCUAAUUAUCCCUCUACAACAAGGAUACAUCACACGUUCAGAUAUCAUUCCACUACGUCUCAGAGAUUCCGAGUACGUUGAGACAGCAGUAUCAUUUGCAGAGCCCUUGCAAACCUACUCCGGAACUGGUGUGCCAGGCACAAAAGCCAGCCUCUCCGCCAUCUUCUCUUCAGCGGCAGCGGGCCUGCUUCUCCAUCAAACACCAGGAUCAGACAUUCAAGCCGAGUAUCAGACGCUGUCUUUAUCAGCUGAGUCCGAUCUAGACAAUAGACUCUCACUGCCGUGGAUACUCCCCGGAACGCCGCCGCAAAAAACGCUGGUAUUAGUAGAUGCGAAUAGUGCCCAUCCAGAAGACGGGCUGGGUCUCUACAUUGCAGCACGGGAGCUCGGUAUUAAACUCGUCGUGUUAGACAAUGGGGGUAGUUGGCUUGAAAAGGAAGAGCACGCGCACUGGCGCGAAGCAUUUAUCCCAACUCGAAUAACCAAUCCGCCCGAAGCCGAAGUCGGCAACCACAUCCUAAGAUCAGUCCAGGCGUAUGGCAAACCGGUAGACGGAAUAAUCACCUUUGCCGACUCAUUCUGGCCAUACAUAGCGGAAAUUGCACCGCAAUUAGGUCUCAAAACCGCAUCGCCUGAAGCUCUAAGAACAGCAACGAACAAGUACCUCCUUAGCAAAUAUGUCGGCCACACUGCAUACAACGCAUUCAACCUGGAGGAUGCACUCGACAUCGCAAAUAAGCACCAACUCCCAUAUCCACUUAUUGUCAAGCCCUGCGACGGAUGGAGCUCAGAAGGUGUGUCCCGUGUUGACAACAUCGAGGCGCUUACCACGGCUGUCCAAGUGAUUGACAACUCUCGCCACGGAAACGAAUUCGUCAUUGAGCAAUACUGCGAGGGACCAGAAGUUGACAUCAACUUUGUUCUGCAAGAUGGCGAGAUUCUCUUCUUUGAAGUGUGCGAUGAUCUUCCCAAGUCCGCGGACAUCAACGGCCACUCGACCACUUCACACAGCAACUUCCACGAACUGAAUAGUGUUUACCCCUCGAUCCUCCCACAAGAUGAAAUUGCCUUGCUCCGCGAUAGCUUCCUCAACACAAUGCUAAGUCUUGGUCUAAGAGAUGGUAUAAUGCAUUUGGAAGGACGAGUUCAGUACUCAUCAAUGGAGUACAGGCUCCAAAACGGAAUCACCGACCUCGUUCCCGCCAAGACAACCCGCCCUCCAGAAGCGUGGCUCAUCGAAAUAAACCCACGACCUCUCGGCAUGACGGGCUCCUAUAUUAUUGAGUCCACAUACGGUAUCGACUACUGGGGUCUCGCGCUACUUCUUGGCGUCAGCGACAAGGAGCGAGUUCGAGCUUUAUCGAAGCCGUAUAAGCUCGGUCCCCAGUAUACUUGCAUCAUGGUCUUCAUCCCCGUCGACUACCCUGUUACGUGUCAGGGUAUUUUCGAUUCAGAGGAUGUGUGUGCCGAUCUUAAGGCUAGACGGCCUGAUCUCGCUAAGCAGAUUAGUCGGUGUGCGUGUCUGGUGAAGAGGGGGCAGAAGGUUCCUCAUCCGAGUACGGGGAGGAAUACGUUCCUGGCGUACUUUAAUGUGUUUUCGAGGGAGGGGAGAGACCAUGCGCUUGAGUUGGCGAGGCAGGUUCGUGAGGAGGUUCGUUAUUCGUUUAUUUAA